CUUGGAGAUUUCCGGAAAGCCAUAGAGUACCAUGAACGAUACCUCAAAAUUUCGACAGAAGUGGGAGACAGAGCAGGGGAAGGAGAAGCGUACGGUGAACUUGGCGUCGCCUAUCACAAUCUUGGAGAUUUCCAGAAAUCCAUAGACUACCAUCAACGACACCUCAAAAUUUCGACAGAAGUGGGAGACAGAGCAGGGGAAGGAAUAGCGUACGGUAAUCUUGGCAUCGCCUAUCGCAGUCUUGGAGAUUUCCAGAAAGCCAUAGACUACCAUCAACGAGGCCUCAAAAUUUUUAAAGAAGUGGGGGACAGGGCAGAACAAGGAAGAGCGUACUGCAAUCUUGGCAACGCCUAUGUAAGUUUAGGAGAUUUUCACAAAGCCAUAGAGUACCAUCAACGACACCUCAAAAUUUCGACAGAAGUGGGAGACAGAGCAGGGGAAGGAGGAGCGUACGGUAAUCUUGGCGUCGCCUAUGACUGUCUUGGAGAUUUCCAGAAAGCCAUAGACUACCAUCAACGACACCUCAAAAUUUCGACAGAAGUGGGAGACAGAGCAGGGGAAAAAGGAGCGUACGCUAAUCUUGGCGUCGCCUAUCACAGUCUUGGAGAUUUCCAGAAAGCCAUAGACUACCAUCAACGACACCUCAAAAUUUCGACAGAAGUGGGGGACAGAGCAGGAGAAGGAGCAGCGUACUGUAAUCUUGGCGUCGCCUAUGGCAGUCUUGGAGAUUUCCAGAAAGCCAUGGAGUAUAAUGAACGAUACCUCAAAAUUUCGAAAGAAGUGGGAAACAGAGCAGGGGAAGGAAGAGCGUACCGUAAUCUUGGCAACGCCUAUGAAAGGCUUGGAGAUUCCCAGAAAGCCAUAAAGUACCACGAAAACAACCUUAAAAUUACGAAAGAAGUGGGAGACAGGGCAGGAGAAGGAGAAGCGUACGGUAAUCUUGCCGUCGUCUAUAGAAAUCUUGGAGAUUUCCAGAAAACCAUAGAGAACCUUGAACGACACCUCAAAAUUUCGAAAGAAGUGGGAGACAGAGCAGGGGUAGGAAAAGCGUACUGUAAUCUUGGCAACGCCUAUGACAGGCUUGAAGAUUUCCAGAAAGCCAUAGAGUACCUCGGACGAUUCCUCAAAAUUUCGAAAGAAGUGGGAGAUAGGGCAGGGGAAGGAAUAGCGUACUGUAAUCUUGGCGUCACCUAUAGUAAUCUUGGAGAUUUCCAGAAAGCCAAAGAUUACCAUGAACGACACCUCAAAAUUUCGAAAGAAGUGGGAGACAGAGUUGGGGAAGGAAAAGCGUACGGUAAUCUUGGCAACGCCUAUAGCAAUCUUGGAGAGUUCCAGAAAGCCGUUCAGUAUUAUAAGAACAGUGUUAUAGCCUUCGACCACAUUAGGGGAAAUCUCAUAUCUAAAGACGAAUGGAAGAUUAGCCUUAAAAAUACGUAUGAUCAUAUAAAUUUGAGGCUGUGGGAGCUGCAGUUUAAGGAAGGUAAAGUCAUUGAGGCACUUUUAACCGCUGAUCAAGGACGUGCACAAGCUUUAAACGAUCUUCUGGAGUUGAAGUAUUGCCUUAAAGGGCUACGCCCAGAAAUAAGAACACUUUGUGGAAGACCAAGUGACUUUGCUAGUUACUUACCACCAAAUACAGCAUUCAUGGGUAUCAGCGAGGGAGGAAUAGUUCUCUGGGUAAACGAGAAAGGAAACGAAAUCAAAACUAGAAGAAGGAAGAUCGAUAUCUCCGUCACAACCUAUUUUCAGUCUCUAUUGGAAACUACACAUAAAGAAAUAGGUGUGACAGCUGAUGUUAACUGUGAAGAUCGCUCAUUAAGUAACCCAAGCGAUAAAAAGUUAGCAGAAGAAAGAUCCAGUAAGCCAAAGUCUUGUCCUUUAUAUUUUCAGACAAAUUCAUUACAAACAUUUUACAAUACGGUUAUAGACCCUAUAAGAGACUUGCUCCAUAGCGAUGAGGUUGUGAUUGUUCCACAAGGACCUCUGUGUUUGGCCCCUUAUGCUGCUUUCAUGGACUUGAAAUCAGAGUACCUCUGUGAAACUUUCAGAAUUCGUCUGGUUCCUUCACUUUCUAGUCUUCGAUUAAUCCAAAAUUGUCCAGCAGAUUGGCACAGUAAGACUGGCGCCCUUCUCGUCGGCGAUCCGUGGGUGCAGGAGGUAGUUUAUGAAGGAAUGACGCUGGGGCAGUUAAAGUGGGCCGAAAAGGAAGUGCAGAUGAUUGGCGAAAUACUUCAAGCAAAACCUCUCGUUGGAAAGCAGGCAACAAAAGAUGAAGUCUUGAGACGUAUUUCCUCGGUUGCUUUGGUGCAUAUUGCUGCUCACGGUAAAAUGGAAACAGGAGAAAUCGCCUUGGCUCCUAACACAACGCGUUCAUCCGUAAAUCCAGCCAGGGAGGACUAUCUCUUAACUAUGAAAGAUGUUUUAGAGGCGAAGAUUAGGGCACGACUUGUUGUACUUAGUUGUUGUCAUAGUGCCUGGGGAGAAGUCAAAUCUGAGGGUGUUGUCGGCAUCGCACGGGCGUUUUUGGGUGCUGGUGCUCGCUCUGUUCUGGUGUCCCUGUGGGCGAUCGACGACGAAGCUACUAUGGAGUUCAUGAAAGUUUUCUACAAACAACUAGUCCAUGGUAGAAGUGCAAGUGAAGCUCUGAAUGACGCCAUGAAAUCCAUGAGAGAAUCUGACCGCUUUAAUGCAGUGAAGUACUGGGCGCCGUUUGUUCUCAUUGGUGAUGACGUAACUCUCGAGUUUGAGGGCAUUUAAUAAAUAGCAAGGUAUUUUGGGAUAUAUAUUAAAACCUCGGAUCAUAUUACGUGCUUUAGGAAACGAAAUUUUAACAAGGAAUUAUUUUUGCUAUAUUACUCAGCAACAAACUCAAACGGUGUCACGUAGCGUCAAUCUGCCAGUCACAGGUCAAAUUCACAACAAAGGAGUCUGACUUUGGUAGUUCUUUUGGUGGUUAAACACUAGAAAAUUUAUUACAAGUCUCAUGAUUUUUUUUUUUUACAUUUGAAAGUGUCGUUGGCUCCAUAUGAGUUCGUUCCACUGUAACUUACAGUCGAACGUGACGUAACCGACGACCCAAAAUCCGAAGAUCAAAUUUCCGGUCGCUUACGGAAGGUAGUCGUUUAGGAAAGUCUCCAAAUAUGGUAACUCCUCUAUUAAGCCUCUCUAUUAACCCUUUAAGCCCCAAGAUCGAAAUACAAAUUCUCCAGACCGAUCUCAAUACGUUUCUUUUAAGAAUAGUUGGGACAAUUUGGUUUAAGAUCAAAGUAUUCUCGCUUUGGUCAUCAAUUUAGUACUUCUCAUAACCUUUACUCUUGUUGAUCUGCUGAUGUUGUUAGGAGAAAAUUGAUGUUGGACACUCUUGGGAUCUAAAGGGUUAAGCGAAGAUUAUGGUAUCAUUUCAAUCUUUAUAAAGAACUAGAGCGCAAACUGGAAAAGAUCAGGCACAUGAAGUUGGAGGUCAUGAAGCUGAAGAUCAAACUCAAAUGCGAUCUUCCAGCUCGUGAAUAAACCAUACCGGAUAAUAAGUCCCCAUGAAGCGUUACAGUCGUGAUAAUUAAUACAUGUAUCAUACGUCUAUUAUUUAAGAAAAGGGAGAAGGGGCUGGAAAGAGAGAGGGGGUUUAAUAACUUUCUUUCUCUGAAAAGGGGAGCUUAUUUGAGAGGGGGGCUUAAUAGAGGAUUUAUGGUAUGCAAGUUUCUUUAAAUCUACAAUGAGUCUAAUCAUUGGUUGAAGUUACCAGUUUUAUAAAUGUGACCCAUUGCUCUAAUAGAUUUAGUGCGUGUUCGAUUCACCUGAUUCCGCGUCUCAAAUAAAAAUAAAUGGAAUAAACUCUCUAGAAAUCACUUGUUUUGUCUUUCAUAGUAUUGCAAUAUCUACAAAACUGCUUGAAAUAAAGUAUUCUGAUCUAUAUAAAUUUUAAAUGGUUCAAAAUUGCAGUAUAGAAGAGGUUUGUAACAAAACUUUUGCGUAUUCUUAUUCCGGAAUACGAUCAAUAGAGCGCACUCUUUUAGAAGUCAGUUGUCAAAAUGUUAUGCCUCGCUAGAUGAAAUCACUAUCCUUUUCUUUUGUUAGCUUACUAACGUUGCUUUUUGCUGUUGUUGUUGUUGUAUAGGUAUGAUGAAGAAUGCGGUGAAGCAGUUCCUAGCUGUCUGAAGUUGAAGUCGGUCUCUAAUUUGUGUCACAAUUACGAGAUGGAGCCUUCCUCCCAAGAAUAGGAACACUUUAUCCAGAAGAGAACAUUAUAUGCUGUUAAUAAAUAAGUUGAAGCUUUACGUAGUCUGAAAAUUACAGGGUACGUUUAGUAGCUUAAUAUUUUGCGACCAGUCGUGUGCACUUAAAAGUUGUUUUAUAGUCACCUAAAAAAUAUCAGGAAUCAGUGGUCAAUUUCGGCUAUUUCCAUUGACACCACAUGGGACAGAGGCACUUUAGAGUAGCAAUUUAAUAUACAGUGAAACCUCUAUUAAGCGGACCCCCAAUUAAGCGGACACCCUCUAUUAACUGGACACUAAGCCAGGUACCGAAAUUAACGCCUUAUGUUUCCCUUUAUAACGAACCCCUGUUCAGCGGACACCUCUAUUAAGCGGACGCGGACACUAAAAUAAGGUGUAUUUGGCUAAUUUCUAUUGUUAAAAACCUCUAUUAAGCGGACGCAGGACUGAAUUGACAAUAGUAGUAUUGGAUUACGUCCUUGAAAUAGAGACCGAAGUCAGUUAAUGUUUUUGCAUUUACAAACAAAUUAAAGUUGGCAAUGAAGGGUAAUAAACUUGAACUCUGGAUAGCUUCUUUAACAAUAUGUAACUUUAUCACAGUACUGAGUAACCGUUGAAUGUUGAUCGUUAACAAACAUUGCGCAAUUUUUACAACCUCUAUUAAGCGGACACUUGGGAAGGUCCCAAAGGUGUCCGCUUAAUAGAAGUUUCACUGUAGUUCGUUACUGUUAUAUUAUUUACACAGCUGUAGUUUUAAACUUUUUUUGGCAAAUUGGUUUAAGUUUAUUGGUGUCUAGAUUGGUCUCCAUUCCAAUACUGAAGUCAAAUUCCCAUUUCACUAGGUCAAAUCACUUAUAAAUGUAGUCUUACAUUUACUCGUCUUAUUGAUAAGUGUAUAGUAUUUAUUUUUCAUAGCCCAGGCUUAUUCGCGUUCCCAACGUUGUUUUUACCAUCAAGUUUUCUGAUUUCUCUUCUCGACGCCUUUUACAUACAAGAAGUAAAGCAGGAAAAAAAAUAGAAAGAGAACUAGGGAAAAUUAAAAAACUCCGUAAUUGUUUGGUGCCUGGUCAAAACAAAUUAAAGAGUACAUCGAUCUCUGUUUUGUGGAAAACAACAUUUCCAAGUUUGAUUUAAGUCCUCGUGACUUUUAAUUAUACAUCUUGACAGAGAAUACGUGUAACAAUCGAAGAAAGCAUAGCAAGAGUAACAAGUGUAGCAAGGGCCGGUGGUAAGUGUAGCAAGCAAACUUUGCUAACGUAGUAAGUGUAGCAAGCAAAGCAAACGUAGCAAGUGUAGGAAGCGUAGCAAUUGCAGCAAACGUAGUCCACGUUGUGCAUAAUGAUGAGAUCGGCAAAAUUUAAGACUUUGUAUGGAACAUGUUACAAACAUUGCUACUUUAUAUUGCCACAAUUAACACAGAAUUUGAAAUGAAAAUGAAAUGUCUUACUUUUUUAUUGUAUAUGUUGCAAUUUGUGAGUUUCUCGGGCUGGUAUCAAGCAUUUUUGAAAAGAUAUUAAGAUUUUUGUUUUUCUAGUUUAAUUAAACAUUAUAAUUAUUGGAAGGCCGGAGACAAUUGAAGACUGCUCCCCAUUCGCAGGUUGAUAAAUUCCGUCGUAAUAUCUAAAUCGCCUUAAUUUUUUUUACCAACAUAAUUAAGCACCCUGGACCUACCUCAUAUCAUUGUCCUGGCUUCUAAAUCCAGGUUUAAGCUCUUUAAAAAUCUUCCGAAACAGCAAUUUGCCCUUUCAUCCCAUGUAGUUUCAAUCAAGUUGCACACGUACUACUCUGCGGCACGGGUUUCGAGGACAAAAAUGGUAUCAGGUAAGGGAUAGGUGAACAAAGAUUGUACACAAACAAAUUAAAAAUGACGCAGGGGUUAUAAUGUCAACAUCAGAAAACGGACUAGAAUUAUCGGUAAAAAUCUCGGGAAACACGAAGACUCAAAUCCCACACGUGGUUCGUAGCGAAGGUCUCUCUAAAAACCAAGUGCCCGGAUAACUACAAAAAUAACCGCAGACCUAGUAUCAACAUUACAACAGGGGUGAGGGGCUUUGUCGCCGAGCUUGGAAAUACAUAAAAUUUAAGCGGGAAGAUGAAGCUGUCUCUACCGAAAUACUUCUAAGUAUGGACUUAACACUUUUAGGUACUAUGGACCAAACAUCUGGAACUCCCUGCACGAUGAUUUAAAAAAUGCUUCUACCAUUAAAAAUUUUGUGUCGCAAGUUCCAAAUAUCACUUUCGAUACCUGUGAUUGUUAUUUAUAUUGUACUGAGAGUCAAAAAAUUUAAGUUGUUUAUCAGGCAAAAGGUAUAAUCCAGUUUUUAAGUCUUUAUGGGUAAAUACAGUCAUUAAAAUCCUUUUACUUGUUUAUUUACUUAUUUGUUCAUUUAACUAAUUUAUUUAUUUUUUCAUCAUCAUUAUUAUUUUUCUUAAGCUAAGUUUUAUGGUUGUCAACUCGACGCAUUUGCAUUUAAUACUAUGAGCAGCAUAGGCGUACGGGAAAUUUUUUGCCAGGGGGGGCGGUAAACCAUUUGCCCAAAAAAAUUCUCGCAAGUGUCCCAAAUUUUUACAGAAGAGUUGAAAAGAAACGAGGGCCAUAUUGCAACAACAUAGGCCAUACUGGCGUAUAAAGGUGGCUCGAUACAGUUUUUCAGGGUCAAUGCCAAGUUUGAGCAUAAACUGCGUCGCCAUAAACAAACAUUAGGAAAAAUUGCCACCACAGUAGAUGAAAAUUUGUCAUGAUCAGGGUUGCAAUGACAUCGGAGUUGUCAUAGCAUCGAAAUCACGCCAUUACCUAUUUUACUUCAGCAAAAUUAAAAAUUCUCGGCACUGGGAACCUUACAAAAUUGUUCACAGGAGCUUUUUUCGCAAAUACGGUCUUCACCAUGUUUGCAAAGUUUAAGCAAAAUCUAUAAGAGCUUUACUGAAAUAGUUAGGGAUGAAGUCUUUACCGUUAGAAAUACGGUAAGAAAAGGAAAAUUGUGAGGUUUGGCUGUUAUCUGUAGAAAAUGAAGCGCUUUUGACUUGCAAUUUCACCUCAUAGUAGUAUUAUUCUUUUUAAAAACGUGUGUGAAAGAUCGGGGGGAUAGCUCUUCCCGAUUGCUAGAAAGAAGGAUUUGAUUAGUAUGUAUCGCGGCGCUCUUGUUAGCGGUUUUGUAAACAUUUCGGUCUACUUUAAUAAAUUAGCGAAUAAUUUUAAACAACUUGAUAGAUUUUUUAAAAGAAUUAAGAUUCUUCUCGUGAUUCAAACUGAGAAUUAGUCAGCCACUGCUCCGUUUUCAGACCUACCCUGUUCUUCAAGUGGAGAUGAUUCUAGAAAGUUAUGCGAAAGUUUAUUCUAAUCAAUUCAUGACUGGAUAGCCCAUUCCAGCUAGUGCAGUGCAGCACGGUGCCCAACAAUAACAAAAAAAUAAAUAUGAAAAUUAGUCAUCACAUAUUAGGCGAUUACUGUCUCGUGUGAAUGUAACUGCAUUAUUACGCCGACUUCAGGUUAAUAUUCAAGUCUUCAAAAUAAUUAAAUAAACAUGGAGACGUCUUUAAAAAGAGGCUUUGCCCAAAUUUUCUCUUGCUGCCCAAAAAAUCUGCGUUGCCCAAAAUUUGGGGGAGCUGCAGCCCCCCUCGCCCCGCCCCCCUGGCCCGUACGCCUAUGACUAUGAGCCUAACAACCUCCAGUUGUUCGAGUAUAAAUUAAAAAAGAAGCAUAUACCCGAGUGUAGUACGUAGCAAGCCGGCAGCAAAUGCAGCACAAAAGUGUAGCAAGCGUACGAAAUGUAAUAGGCGUAAUUUAUCCAGUGUUAAUUUGUAUUUUAGGUUUUAAUCAUAAACUGAGACAUGAGUAUUAUUGUGAUUACACUGUCUCUGAGUCAAACGCUAAGAGCAAGAGGGAGAUUAAGACGGCUAGUCAUAUGAAUGCCAAAAUUCCUUGCUAUUUUCGGUCAAGUGACACAUGACGAGUAUACUAUUUUCAUUGCACUUGUCAAUAUACAGAAAUGAUAUCCUUCCUUUUUGCAAAAUGAAGCCGCUUGCACUUUGAAAGAGUUGCAGCGAUACGUUUUCGUUUUUAAGGGAAAUGAGUGUUUUGGGCCUCUGCAGAGAAGAAACAUUGCAUGUGUUCCAUAAUAUGGGCAACUAAUAGCAAUCAAAUAAUUUGUAUCAAAGAUUGGUCAAGUGAGUUUUGUAAAACCAAAACCAAAGUAACUGCUAUGACCAUUCACAACAGGAGCAAAUAGUGACAUAAACCAGCCAAAACUGGAAGAAAUUACAUGUACCAUGCUUGCAGAAAGCGCGAGAGCAUGCGCUUGCAAGUCGCGAUUUGGUUUGGUUUUACUUCUCUUUUGCUGAAAAAGUGGCCCGUGUUUUGUCAAAUACACUCUUUUUUUUUAUAAGAAUGUUGUUUUUCCGGCCCAGACUGAAUAUUCUUAUUUUUCUGCCGAUUUUAAGCUGAAAAUAUUCUUGUAUUAUUCUUAAAUUAUAGCUUAUGACAUUUCCGUUUUAGAAUUGUGCACGUGCUCCAUCGCUUUUCGUUGCAGUCAGCGAGGUCAAGAUGUGACGUCAAACGACACUUGGCCGUUUUGGCUUUAAAAAAAGCAUUUCGCUCAGAAAUAACGUGAUGGAAACGAAAGUACCCGAUUUUGUUUCAACUAUGUCAAGCACAAUUAAGUGUAAUCACUGCAGUAAACUCUUUGUCAACCAGCAAGGGUUGUCUGUACAUGACAAAUGUGUGCAUGGUGUUAGCGGAGUGACAAAGGCAGCCAAAAUUAUUUCUAUCCUUUUCAAAAUCACAGCCUCGGCUUUAUUCUUAAAAUAUUAUUAAAAUUCGCAAAUUUCAGCCUCCAUAUUCUUAUAAAAUAUAUUCUUAUAAAAAAAAAAGAGUGUAACCAAUCACCGUGCGGCGUAGCAAAACCAUAGCAAACGCAAUUUACUUUCGAUCUUAACUUGAAAACCACUCUAGUUAACCAGACCUUCAGAUAAGGGGAAGGGGGGGUGGGGUGCGGUCAUCCAGACCCUGAGAUAAGCGGGGGAAGGCCGGUCUCCACGCCCACCCCCACCCCACCCCACCUCCCUCCCACUCUCACUCAAACUCAAAUAAGCGCCCACUCCCUUCCCGCUACCACCCAAAAAAGGAAUAAGUACUAAUUUGAGACUUCCCCGAAGACGGAGUUUUCUUCAAAGUGUUUUGCCGAAACGGCUUGCUUUGUUACAUCUCCGCGUUUUGCUAUUACCAUUUACCGUUUUCUUGCAAAAUAUACAUACUACACUUGUUGAAAAUGGCGAAAAUUUAAUAAGCACCCAGCCUCUCAUAAGCGCCCACCCUGAAUAAACGCCCAUUCUCAAGGUCCAAAUAUUUAAUAAGCGCCCAGGGCGGUUAAUCCAAUAAAUACGGUAUUAGAAGAUAUGUUUAUGGUACGCCUUCAUGCAUACAAAGCUCUACAAAGGUGCGUGAAACGUUUCGGCAAAUAACUCAGGUCUUUGUGGGCCACAAAGACCUGAGACUUGGACAAAUUGCUUAUAUGCUAGUCUUUUAUAACAUUUCAUUUUCUUGGCUUCUUCCACUGGACGGUUUCCAAUUUAUUUUUUUUGUUGCGUGACAGUGAAAACGAACUAUAUCGAAUCUACUUAGUAUAAUGUGAGCCUCGUCAGAAGGUCAAUCACAAGACUGUCCACAAGGCAUAUCUUUCCAGCAAGUUUCGGAGAAAAAACAGGAAGUAUCAGACCAACUUCAUCUGCGGAAGGUUCCAUCAGUCGACAGAACCUGUUGUAAGAUAUUUUUUAAAGCUCUUUAUCAUUUUGUUCAGAGAAAUGUUGAUAACUGUAUAUUAGAUUUAAUAUCACGCCUCAUUUUACGUCAAUUUCGUUGACGUAAGUUCAUGAAAGUGAAACUGAAAGCUAAAUGAAGGGAAAAAUCCCUCAUACAAGAUUCAACAUUCACUUGGUAAAAGGUUUGACUGUCGCUCAGGUUAGUUUUGUGCAGGUCCUGUUUUUUGUGAAGGAAUGUUCAAUUGACUUUAUACAUAAACUUGUUUUGCAAAAUACGAUUUCUUCGUUGACUAUUUCGUCGUGACAAAUCAAGCGAGCUAUACUAUAUAUCAAAACGACUCGGCAAUUUAUAAUCAACGUAGGCAUUGUAUUAGCUCAAGUUACACUAGAAUUUACCUGAGAGAUGCAUUUGGUUCUUAAUCUCCAUCUAUUAUUUUCUCGUAGACCCUUUCGUCGUCACGAAUCAAGGACUGUCUGCUGUACCCUCUUACAAACUAUCAAGAUUACUCGAGAAUUUAGAACUGAGGUAUGCAUUUAAUACGUUAGCUGCAGUUACACCAGAUAGAACUCCCUAUCCAAAGAUAACAAAUGCCUUUGGCGUUAAUCGCCGGGAAACUUUCUGACGAACCUUAUUUUGGGAUACAGAUUUUGAAGGAAUAGAUAAACAGGAUUUGGCAGUUGAACUUUGUUUAAUCUUCUUUUGUGCAACAAUGACAAGCUUGACCAGAGCUAAAACUGAAUAUAUCCUAGCUUACAGAUGCUUCUAUUUAUACUGAAAAGAUCAAUUUAAUUACUAGGUAUACCUAUCGGUAGAGUGCCAACGAGCAAAUCAUGCGUAUUUUUCAUAGGAAUGGAUUCCUUUUUUCCAACAUUUGACAGUUUCUUGCCCGGGGGGGGGGGGGGGGGGUACUUUAGGAAUUUCUGGGUGGGGAUGUGCCGCUGGGACCCUGGAACCCUUAACCUAUACCAGAGCUAGUUCAGCUGAAUUUUGCUACCCUAUACUAGACAAUGACUAGAGUAAAAUCCCCAAAAUCCCGCUAUCCUAGAGUAGCUGUUUCUCUAGUCUAGAUAAAAUCUUCAACCAACUGACCAGUUUCCUGAAAAAUGAUACCCUAUUCUAGACCCAAAAGCUCUGAUUUAUACACCCUAUCCUAGAGUAAACUGCUUGAAAACCAUACCCUUUACAGCGGCACAUACCUAUAUCGCCCAUAUAUGGCAGUACCCCCCCCCCCCCGGGGUUUCUUGGUCCCUUCCUGUUGAAAGGAUUAUUUUCUUGAAACUGAGGUGCUAUGCAAGUAUAAAGGUUCAGAGACGAGUCAGUUCUCAGACUCCUGUGGCUUUACGAACCUGCUAUAUAAAAGUUUGAAGUGUCAUGAGGCAUACUUUUUUGAAAGAAUAAAAGAUCUUGCAGAGGAAGCGAUCGUUAAUAUUUAGGGGAAAAUAUAAAAAAUGAUCGUUUCUCUUACCACUACAAAAUUAGUGUCGGUUCGGUUUCACUUUGUAGAUAAAUAUUUGUGUAGUUUAAUCAUUUAAACCUCCUCUGAAAAUUCCCGAGGCUUUAUGUCGAGUUCCCGAUUGAAUUUUAGAAUGAUUCGCUGCGCUGCUUGAAAUGUUUCCAAGGACAUGCGAUGUACGGCACGUCGGUAUUUUGUUUUCACUUUAUUAUAAACUCGGCCAGGUUUCGAAAAAAUAGCGUUGUUUUCUUUUCCUUUGUCGUUCGCUCUAGGCUUGUAAUUCUUUUUUAUUCUUAUUUUUCCAUUUGCUGGUUAGGUUUUUUCCCCAACAUCAGAUUUUCCAACAGAAGCGACUAUAUACUCUUCGUAUCAAGCUUUCCUUAUCUCCUGGUGUAAUCUGAUCCUUUUGCUUGUUUCACGUGGAAAAAUAUUCUUUGCUUAAACUGUUGUUUUACAAACUUCUCUUCGUUAAAACCUUACAUUAAUGGCCCCCCAAAUUAAUACAAUGCAUCAAGUUUUCAUUUUCCUUGACUGCCGGGGCUAGAUUUAGGUGAAUAAACAAUAAAAACGUACCACAUUCAAGUUCAGUCUUCGCGUGCCGCUGAGGAAAGAGCACAUGUGCGCCAAGUAUAGUUCACCGCCUUUUGAUUGGCUGAAACUGUCACACCACUUGGUCUCAGGGGAAUCUACAUUACAUGAGGUUACACUUUUUGAAGCUCGAUCAAGAAUUUUUCUGCCUACAGCCGAGUCUUGCGCGGCUCUAUUCUUCUGUCCCCUCGCCAUCCGAGCGUCUUCGCUCGGAUGGCUCGUUGGCAAUUAAUAGCUGUGGUCACACUACAGACUUCUACCUAGGUAAAACCGAUUUACCUAGGGCAAAUUAAUCAAAAAUCUCCCGAGGUAAAUUCAUCUCGGGUUUUGUUUUACCUGGGUAAAAAUUGUGGGAAGGUCACACUACUGAUAUCGGCUCCCAAAGUUUUCAAGCCAGUUGAAUUUUUUGGAGCGUCAAUUCAAGAAGGCAAAAUGCGCAGGGAUCUAGCUGAUCAAAGAGACGUUUUUUUCUUUUAUCUCGCUGUUAUUUCUUACGCUAAUUCAACGUGCAAGGUGAAGAAAGGCGAAGACGUAGACGACUCGUGCCCCCAAAAUUUCUUUCACAGCUUGAUCUAUGUCCGGUUCUGUCAUCAAGACUUUCGCCGAUGAGCGUCUAUUGGCUAGCAACCUCGGUAUUUCAUUUUUCCCUAGCUAUUGCUUUGGGGUAGCUGUCAAGGUAAACUCUAUUGUUUUCGAGACAUAUCCAAGACCCAGACGAGAAAAUUUCCAAAAUCGGUCACACUUAAAAAGUCAAGUUUCCCUAGGUAGACUGUCAACAAGUCGUGUUAACCUAGGUAAAAAGUCUGUAGUGUGACCACAGCUAAUAAGUUUAAGCAAGAUCAAUAACAUUCAUAUGCAGAAAAAUAGGUGUUUGGGAGUGUUAAUGAGUAUAGGAUCAAAAGGAACCGUAAUUGAACCGUUUUCAGCUGUGACGAUAGGUUUUGUCCUUCCAAACACAAAUCGAGGAAAUAAGCGUUAAGAGAAUUCGAGCGACUUCGGCGUAUGAACAACAAGGGGGAAAACUAACUCUGCAACUCGCUUGGCUAGCGGGAAAGGAACUCGUCACUGUUCCACAAUACUAGGAUCUGCUACAACUGGAAAACAGGACAGCACUCAAACUUGGACUUCAAGAGUUUAAUCUUCAGCUCAUGAACGUAAAUCAUACAGGCAUUUGCAACCAAAAUGCAAAUCGUACCGGCAUGUAAAUCGCAAGGUAAAUCGAAAAACAGCUGGGAUAACAGUGUUCUAUUUAUACUAACCGAUCAAGUUAUUGCAACGUCACAAAACAAAUGGAAAGAAAGCUGAAUAAAAUCAGGUGAAUACUGAAAACAAAUCUGGGUAAAUUGAGCUUUAAAGUUUAAAUGCUCAACUAAAUGACUCAAAAUUAAAUGUCAGUCACAGAGAUGAAUUUCAGAAACUACAAAGAUUCAGCAGUAAAGCUGUGCAAAGAAUUCGAGUUUCCUUUGCUCAGGAUUCCUUAAAAUUACAAAAUAAAAACUACGAAAGGUUGGUAUUUGAACAAGGGAACGAUCCAAUUAUUCCGCAGUGACUAAGUUGCAUAAUUAUUCAGAAACUAAUUUUAUUAUAUGGAGGAGAGUGUUUUACUGGGAACUAAACCACUCGUAGAUUCCAUACGCCACUUCAUCCGGGACCCGAGUGGCGUAUUUUCCGUCUGUCACCUUUGUGAGUGUCGUAUCGUUCAAAGACCUCACGAUUCCCGCCUUUUUCUUUUGUUGAAUUGGUUUCUCCAUAUAAUAAAAAGAACAUUACACGUUGGCUCGAAGAUAUGAAUUUUAUGUUCUCGUGGCAAGAACAAUAUCUCACUCGUUCGCUUCGCUCACUCGUGAGAUAUUGUUCUUGCCACUCGAACAUAAAAUUCAUAUCUUCUCGCCACCGUGUAAUAUCCUCUAUAUCCUUUUAAAAGUCAAUAUUGAAGUAACAUGUGUAUAUAAUUUAAAAGAACUAAAACAUCUCAAUGCAAAUGCAAAGUAAAUUACCGCUGGAACAACUUCAAAGGGAAUAUUUAAAAGUUACAUAUGAAGUUCGAGGCAAAUAAAGGGUACAUGGAAAAUCUCUCCUUACACAGCUGCCACUGUGAAAACUUUGCAAAACUAGUAAUGACCGAAUUCCUUUACAAGAAUUGAAAUCGCUAGUCAGUAAGGUAUUAAGUUUUUCCGAGAUUCUAUCGAAACUCCCGAGAUUUUAGUUUUAAGUUAGUAAAGUGAGUGAAAUUCGCUUAAAACUGGUUCAACUCUGAACAGAGAAGUUAAAAGGUAUCAAGGCGCGUGGCCCAACCCAAGUUUUAAUGAGUUAACGAAAACUGAUUAUUAUUCGACUUUAGGGGUUGAAGUGCGAAAAGUUUUCGGCCCUAUUGGUCCCCGCUUAAACCUCUGACAGAUGAGCUAUUUAUAGCUCAAAAAUGAGCCUCGUCAGAAGGUCAAUCACAAGACCGUCCACAAGGGGCAUAUUUUUCCAGCAGUUUUGGGAGAAAAAACAGGAAGUAUCCGAAGUAUCCUUGCAGAAAGUGCGAGAGCAUGCGCUUGCAAGUCGCGAUUUGGUUUGGUUUUACUUCUCUUUUGCUGAAAAAGUGGCCCGUGUUUUGUCAAAUACACUCUUUUUUUUUUUUUUUAUAAGAAUGUUUGUUUCCUGCCCAGGCUGAAUAUUCUUAUUUUUCUGCCGAUUUUAGGCUGAAAAUAUUCUUGUAUUAUUCUUAAAUUAUAGCUUAUGACAUUUCCGUUUUGGAAUUCAGCACGUGCUCCAUCGCUUUUCGUUGCAGUCAGCGGGGUCAAGAUGUCACGUCAAACGACACCUGGCCGUUUUGGCUUUAAAAAAAGCAUUUCGCACAGAAAUAGCGUGAUGGAAACGAAAGUACCCGAUUUUGUUUCAACUAUGUCAAGGACAAUUAAGUGUAAUCACUGCAGUAAACUCUUUGUUAACCAGCAAAGGUUGUCUGUACAUGAGAAAUGUGUGCAUGGUGUUAGCGGAGUGACAAAGGCAGCCAAAGUUAUAUCUAUCCUUUUCAAAAUCACAGCCUCGGCUUUAUUCUUAAAAUAUUCUUAAAAUUUCGCAAAUUUCAGCCUCGAUAUUCUUAUAAAAUAUAUUCUUAUAAAAAAAAAAGAGUGUAACCAAUCACCGUGCGGCGUAGCCAAACCACAGCAAACGCAAUUUACUUUCGAUCCUAACUUGAAAACCACUCGUGGCGAAUCCAGACCUUGAGAUAAGGGGGAGGGGGGUGGGGGGACGAUCAUCCAGACCCUGAGAUAAGCGGGGGGAGGCCGGUCUCCACGCCCACCCCCACCCAGCCCACCUCCCUCGCACUCUCACUCAAACUCAAAUAAGCGCCCACUCCCUUCCUGCUACCACCCAAAAAAGGAAUAAGUACUAAUUUGAGACUUCCCCGAAGACGGAGUUUUCUUCAGAGUGUUUUACACAAACGGCUUGCUUUGUUACAUCUUCGCGUUUUGUUAUUACCACUUACUGUUUUCUUCCAAAAUAUACAUACUACACUUGUCGAAAAUGGUGAAAAUUUAAUAAGCACCCAGCCUCUCAUAAGCGCCCACCUUGAAUAAACGCCCAUUCUCAAGGUCCAAAAAUUUAAUAAGCGCCCAGGGCGGUUAAUCCGAUAAAUACGGUAUUAGAAGAUAUGUUUAAGCGCACGUCUUCAAGCAUACAAAGCUCUACAAAGGUGCGUGAAACGUUUCGGCAAAUAACUCAGGUCUUUGUGGGCCACAAAGACCUGAGACUGACCUGAGACAAAUUGCUUAUAUACUAGUCUUUUAUAACAUUUCAUUUUCUUGGCUUCUUCCACUGGACGGUUUCCAAUUUAUUUUUUUGUUGCGUGACAGUGAAAACGAUCUAUAUCGAAUCUACUUAGUAUAAUGUGAGCCUCGUCAGAAGGUCAAUCACAAGACUGUCCACAAGGCAUAUCUUUCCAGCAAGUUUCGGAGAAAAAACAGGAAGUAUCAGACCAACUUCAUCUGCGAAAGGUUCCAUCGGUCUACAGAACCUGUUGUAAGAUCUUUUUUAAAGCUUUUUGUGAUUUUGUUCAGAGAAAUGUUGAUAAAUGUCAGUAUAUUAGAUUCAAUGUCAGGCCUCAUUUUACGUCAAUUUCGUUGACGUAAGUUCAUGAAAUUGAAACUGAAAGCGAAAUGAAGGGAAAAAUCCCUCAUACAAGAUUCAACAUUCACUUGGUAAAAGGUUUCAUUGUCGCCCAGGUUAGUUUUGUGCAGGUCCUGUUUUUUGUGAAGGAAUGUUCAAUUGACUCUAUAUAUAUACUUGUUUUGGAAAAUAUGAUUUCUUCGUAGACUAUUUGGUCGUGACAAAUCAAGCGAACUAUACUAUAUAUCAAAACGACUCGGCAAUUUAUAACCAAGGUAGGCAUUGUAUUAGCUCAGGUUACACUAGAAUUUACUUGAGAGAUGCAUUUGGUUCUUAAUCUUCAUCUAUCAUUUCCUCGUAGACCCUUUCGUCGUCACGAAUCAAGGACUGUCUGCUGUACCCUCUAGCGAACUGAUCAAGAUUAAUCGAGAAUUUAGAACAGAGGUAAGCAUUUAAUACGUUAGCUGUAGUUACAUCGGCCAGAUAGAACUCCCUAUCCAAAGUUAAGAAAUGCCUUUAGGGUUAAUCGCUGGAAAACUUUUUGACGAACCUUAUGUUGGGGUACAGAUUUCGAAGGAAUAGACAAACAGGACUUGGCAGUUGAACUUUGUUUAAUCUUCUUCUGUGCAACAAUGACAAGCUUGACCAGAGCUAAAACUGAAUAUAUCCUAGCUUACAGAAUGCUUCUAUAUUUAUACUGAAAAGAUCAAUUUAAUUAAGUUUAAGCAAGAUCAAUAGCAUUCAUAUGCAGAAAAUAGGUGUUUGGGAGUGUUUAUGAGUAUAGGAUCAAAAGGAACCGUAAUUGAACUGUUUUGAGCUGUGACGAAACGUUUUGUCCUUCCAAACACAAAUCAGGGAAAUAAGCGUUAAGAGAAUUCGAGCGACUUCGGUGUGUGAACAACAAGGGGGAAAACUAACUCUGCAACUCGCUUAGCUAGUGGGAAAGGAACUCGUCACUGUUACACAAUACUAGGAAUGGAACUCAUUUUAUAAAAACGCACGCACAUACAGUCAGAAGGUCAAUCACAAGACCGUUCACAAGGCAUAUUUUUCCAGCACUUUUCGGAGAAAAGACGGCAAGUAUCCGACCAACUUUAUCUGCGGAAGCUUCCAUCAGUCUACAGAACCUGUUGUAAGAUAUUUUUUAGAGCUCUUUGUGAUUUUGUUCAGAGAACUGUUGAUAACUGUAUAUUAGAUUUAAUGUCACGCCUCAUUUUACGUCAAUUUCGUUGACGUAAGUUCAUGAAAUUGAAACUGAACACUAAAUGAAGGGAAAAAUCCCUGACACAAGAUUCAACAUUCACUUCGUAAAAGGAGGGUGUGAAUGGGGUUACAGUCAAACCAGGUCAAGCGUUCCCGUCGCUAACGAACUAAUGAAUUCAUUCACGGAAAAAUGAUUUCGUUUGUUGAUUCAAUAAUCCAUUCAUAAAAUAAACAAUCCAAUAGUCAUAUUUAGCCUCGAUUCCAUAAUCGAAUGUUGAUUCGAUUACUGUUUUUUGAAAAAUUACACUUUCCACAAGUUGACCUCAGAAUUUUGUUUUUUCCUUUUUUUUUUCUGAGAGUCGAGUGCUGGCGAGUUCUGAAGUUCAAACCCAAACAAACUGUUACAUGUACGCCAGUUUGCUGCCAAUAAUCAGUGCAACAGACCUAGGCCUGACCCCUUAGAAAACACGACGGUCAAACUGAGGUCAGUGUAUGUGCGGUGAUUGGUGGAUUUCGAUCCUCGGCCUUUGUCAGUUUCUUUGCGUUUGCGGUCUGUCUAUUCUAGCUGUUAUUUUGAUUAAAGGCAAUGAAAAACGCAAUCGUAAACGGCAGGAAAAGGGAAGCAAAUACGAUUGAACACAACAUACAAGAAUAAAGGACAGGUAGAUUUUGUUCAUAAACCAAAUCAACAUUUGAUUAUUGAAUCGAGGUACAAUUUGACCGUUGGAUUAUUCAUUUUAUGAAUGGAUUAUUGAAUCAACAAACGAAAUCAUUUUUCCAUUAAUGAAUUCAUUAGUUUGUUAGCGACGGGAACGCUUGACCUGGUUUGACUGCAACCGACUAGCGACAGAGGGCGAAAAAUAUUACUGACUACCGACAAAAUGAGUAAAAAAUUACCGACUACUGACAGGAAAAAUAUUAACCGACUACCGACAUGGGCUGAUAUUAUCAAUAUUUGUUUCCAGAAAAAAGAGCAUUUUGUAUUUAAUCUAACCGUUAGCUCGAGGAAAUAAGUAACCUCUUUAAAUUUAUGACUCAUCAUAUGGCCUAAGGGAAAGAAUUUCCUUUUUUUGCUGUUGAUACAGGUACAUUGCUACGGCCAAUAUCAAAAUCACAAAGUCACACCUUAAAGAUGCUACCGACUUUAUAAAUUUUAUUGAAAAGUCAAAGGUGAAAAAACCGAACGUUUUUUGCUUAGAUUAAUCCUCAAAGAAAAUUCUUUCCCGUUUAAUGUAAAGAACUAUCAGUACAAACCCACGUUACCGCGAUGAACGCAAAGACAGCAGUUUCCUUAGCUUUCUAACAUUUUCAUGGCACAUGCAUAUUGAAACACAAAGUUUAAGCAAAACCGUCUUUAAACCAACUGUUUGAAAACGCUACAUAAAUGACAUUGUUCGCUAUGGGACAUAAGUAAACCAGACAUCGUAGCUUUCUUCGCGGAACAAGUAAACUUACAUGCCCUCCCAUGAAAUUCACGGCCGAAAGAUCUGAAAAUGAGACAUUCUUUUUAGAAACGGUUGUAUACCAAGGUACAACAUUCAGCGAAAAAAUGAGAAAAAGCUAUCCUUGACGUAAAGACGCAUUUGAAACGGAAACCUUACAGUAUAUACAUUUUCACCUCUUAUCACCCACCAAUUGUUAAAGCGCCUGUUUGACAAACGAGAAGCCUUGAGAAUCCUACGAACAAACUCCUCUGAGGAAGUAUUUCAGAUUUCAAAAGCGCUUGAUGGACAGAGGCUAACCACACAAUUUUGAAAGAAAAAUUGCUAUUAGAAGUAAAACUCACAGAAAGGAAGGCAGCGCUCCUGAAAAAAAAACAACCAGGAAGAAAAAGACUGAAAUAUUGCCUUUCGUGACACAAUACCAGCCCUUAGUGUCUAUAAAAAAGAAGCUUUAAUGAAAAAGUGGAAUCUCAUACAAAACCAGCCACUACCUUGCCAAAAUUUUAAAGAACCACCUAAAGUGCUAUUUCUUUGAGAAAGGAAAAUUAUGGCAAAGGACAUGCUUGUUAGAACCAAAACACGGGAGGGGUAGAUGUGCAGCCUGUCAUCCCUUGCAGUUUUUCAAUGAAAAUAAUUUAAGUAUCCAAAAGGCUAGAGUCCAGUAAGUAAUUAAUUAAUUACUUUUUACUGUGCCCUAUAGUCCACAGGGAAACCAAGUUCGCAUUUACAAUAAAAGCUUGGGUGAUUUUAUCAGUACUAAUUAUUCAUUUAAUGGCAAACAAUGAUGAAAUAAACGUUCAUGUUGCAUAAAAAACAAGAGUUAAUGAACGGUUUAGGCGCAAUCAAAUGAUGCAUUCUUGCAAGUUUUACUCUUUCCUUAGGGAUCAAAGUCUUGAAAAGUGGGUGAAAUACAUAAAAAAUAUAAAUAAUUAACAAGCGUUUUUACUUAUUAACUGAGAUUUUCCGACAACCGGCGAAAAUCGAAAAGUUUAACCGACUACCGACAAAGAUCGAAAAUUUUCACCGACUACCGACAAAAUUACUGAAUUUUAACCGACAACCGACAAGUGGACCCCCCCAUUCAGACCCUCUAAAAGGUUUGAUUGUCGCCCAGGUUAGUUUUGUGCAGGUCCUGUUAUUUUGUUGUGACAGAGUCACUUUUAUGGUUCCUUAAGAGACUUACAGAUCGUUUUAUUAUGUUUUUAGUUACACAGUUGUAGUUUUUUUUGUAUUCUUUUGGCUUAUUUGCAAUUCUGUUGACGUGAGUAGAUCGGUUAAACGCUUACCGUCUAGAAAGGUCACCAUCCCUAUUGUUUAGUCAAAUUCCCUUUUCAGUUACUAGGUUUAAUCACCUAUUUUUGUAGUUUUACUUACUUAUCUUUUAGAUAUGCGUAGGAUUGGUAUUUUCUUAGGUUUGUUUUUCCUGUGCGUAGUUUUUGGCUAUCGUGUUUUAUCGUUUCUCUUUUCAACACCUAUUUUUUUUGCAAGUUAGGCGUGACUUGGGCGUUUAUUUUAAUCCCCUCAAAUCAGGAUGUGAUUUAUCUGUUUUAUGCUUUUGACUCGUUUCCUAUCACAUAAGUAUCUGUUUACUUGCGUAUAAAUACGAGUACUUUAGUCUAGUUUCCUCGAGUUGAGUUAGCUCGGCUAUUAAGCUUUGCUAUUUAGCUGUGGAGCUUAACUCUCCAGAAAGUCUCGACCUCUGGUAAUUUUUGCGUAACAUUUCCUUAUUUCAUUGUUUCAUUCUCGCGCUGUAUUAAUAUAUUUCAUUUUUAAUUAGCUUUUACUUCGUUUUGUCGUUAGUUUUUUUUUUAAUUAGGUGUUCGUUUUUCUUUUGUAAUAAACAUUCAUUUAAGCCCACUCCUUGCAUCCAAAGGAUUCAUGUCGUUGUGCCACUGCUCUUUGGCCUCCGGCCGUUGGCGGCGUUGAACCGCUCGCGCCGCUCGGUUACAUUGUGAAGGAAAGUUCUGAAAGUUCAACUGACUUUAUACGUGAACUUGUUUUGCAAAAUAUGAUUUCCUCGUAGACUAUUUGGCCCGGGGGGUGGACUCCGCAUAUAAAAGGGGUGGGAUGCUCGUCGUCUUGCUUAGGGGUGUAAAGUUUUGGAUUUUGGUUUCACUUAGGGUGUUCUGGGCAGAACACCAUCAUAUUUAGCCCUGAAGGUUUCUUUUAGGGUUGCACGUGAAAAAAUAUAAUAAUAUGUGUAUUGUCUGUGUUUUAAUAUGGUCUCUUUUAGGGGUCAAAAAAGCUCAGGUUACGCCUAGAUCGGUCUCUUUUAGGGGAUUAAUUCAAAAUUUCCGACGAGCAUCCCCACCCCUUUCAUAUGCGGAGUCCCCCCGCCCCGGGCUAUUUGGUCGUGAGAAAUCAAGCGCACUAUACUAUAAGUUAUAGUAGAAUUUACCUGAGAGAUGCAUUUGGUUCUUAAUCUCCAUCUAUUAUUUUCUCGUAGACCCUUUCGUCGUCACGAAUCAAGGACUGUCUGCUGUACCCUCUUACAAACUAUCAAGAUUACUCGAGAAUUUAGAACUGAGGUAUGCAUUUAAUACGUUAGCUGCAGUUACAACAGAUAGAAUUCCCUAUCCAAAGUGAAGAAAUGCCUUUGGCGUUAAUCGCCGGGAAACUUUCUGACGAACCUUAUGUUGGGAUACAGAUUUUGAAGGAAUAGACAAACAGGACUUGGCAGUUGAAGUUUGUUUAAUCUUCUUCUGUGCAACAAUGACAAGCUUGACCAGAGCUAAAACUGAAUAUACCCUAGCUUACAGAGUGUUUCUAUUUAUACUGAAAAGAUCAAUUUAAUUAAGUUUAAGCAAGAUCAAUAGCAUUCAUAUGUAGAAAAUAGGUGUUUCGGAGUGUUUAUGAGUAUAGGAUCAAAAGGAACCGUAAUUAAACUGUCUUCAGCGGUGACGAUAGGUUUUGUCCUUCCAAACACAAAUCGGGGAAAUAAGAGUUAAGAGAAUUCGAGCGACUUCGGCGUAUGAACAACAAGAGGGAAAACUAACUCUGCAACUCGGCGCUUGGCUGGCGGGAAAGGAACUCGUCACUGUUCCACAAUACUAGGAUCUGCUACAACUGGAAAACAGGACAGCACUCAAACUUGGACUUCAACAGUUUAAUCUUCAGCUCAUGAACGUAAAUCAUACAGGCAUGUGCAACCAAAAUGCAAAUCAUACCGGCAUGUAAAUCGCAAUGUAACUGGUAAAUCGAAAAACAGCUGGGAUAACAGUGUUCUAUUUAUACUAACCGAUCAAGUUAUUGCAACGCCACAAAACAAAUGGAAAGAAGGCUGAAUAAAGUCAGCUGAAAACUGAAAACAAAUCUGGAUAAAUUCAGCUUUAAUCUUUGAAUGCUCAACUAAAUGAUUCAAAAUUAAAUGUCAGUCAGACCCCCCGCCAACUAGGGGAAUACGUCGGUAAAUACAAUCUUUCAGGUCGCAGGGGACUUUUCAGCGAUAUUAACCAUCAUAUAGGAUUUCCUCUCAGCACUUUAAUUUUAUUAUGCGAUAUGCAUACAUGGUCCCACUGGCGAUAUACUCAUAGUGAUAGUAAUUUUUUGUGUGAAUAAAUUGUAAGGCCAAGCUGCAUACAGAAAUCCCUCUCAACCGGCUUAUCCUCAGACGGAUGUUUUUUUUAAAAAGAGCUGGCAAGCAAUCUUCGUAAAUUACGUGACACAAACAAACUCUAUAUACUUACAUGUGUGGUAUACUCUCGGAGUAGUCAAUCGAUAAAAAUCGGUAGCAAUCAAGUGAUUUUUAUCUAUUGAUAACGGAAAUCGGUGAAAAUCGAUAAACUAAACUGCUGUGUCAAAUCGAUAUUAUCGAUUUUUCAUGAUUUUAACGAUAUAUAACGGAAGUCCGCCCUUGUUGUUUUUUGGCAUAAGUUAGCAUCCACGAGUAAUCACUGAUCAACAAACAUGACAAAGAGAAAUGUGGAAACCAUUGCACGCACAAGUUUCUCUCUAAAACUCUUCGUUUUGCACAUAAUAACAAAAACGGUUCGCUUUUAUAAUUACAUUCAGUUCUCGCAGGCAAGUAUCACGAGAAAUACAACCUUAGUAAAGAUUUCCUUGCCUGAAUUUCAGACAUUCCCACGAGUUGAAGGGAUGUCUGAAAUUCAUUCAAAGAUUUCCCUAUAUAGAUUUUCACUGUUUCGUUGUCAAUCGAUAAAAAUCACUUGAUUGCUGACGAUUUUUAUCCAUUGGCUACUCCACGAUGUAACUACACCCGGAACUACACCGACGUUCAAAGGGCGGCAGGUCUAAAUCGUGAAAAGCUGGAUACCUAUAAACCAGAAGAUUUUAAACCUGGUUUUGAAGAGAAGACAAGAUUUCUCAGAUUUUUUAAAAAGAUUUUUUUUAAAAAGUGAUAAUUGUUUGAUCCUUCGACUCUCAAUUGCAACUCAACUGUCAACAAAUUUACUGUUUCCAUGAAAUCAGUUUUCAUUUUUUGGAUGAACAGAUGAACAGAUAUAUCUUCCGAUAUAAAUCGAUGAAAUCGGAAAAAAAAAACCAAGCAAAAUAGAUUAACGAAACGAAUGUGUCAUCGAUCUCUACCGAUUGAUCGAUACAAUCAUUAUCAAUCAAAUCAGAUUUACCGAUUUUUAUCGAUUGACUACUUCGGGUAUACUACAAUGUGUUGCACACAAACCUAUAACCUCUUUACGACGACUACUUUCUCAGUGUUUUGGUGGUAGAGAAAUAGGUUUUCUUUUCAAUUGCUAAGCACUUGUAUUCCGCUACCAAGAGAUGUUCACCUUUAGAAAUAAGUUCAAUUUCCGAAAUUUGAGUUUUCUGAAAUGUUUCCACUGGCCCGGUUUGUAGUUUGUUGGCAACAGCUUCAGUAGUUUCAGUAGAAGGUAGAUGAAUAUACAAUGAAUAGAUAGAUAAUGUAUAUACACCAUGUUUAAACUGGUAAUAGUCGACACUUCAGCUGCCCCUGCUCUGUAUAUUGUAGGUUACAGUAUUCUUGCUCGUUGUGUAGCUCUUUGAAAUAUACCGAUUCAUAAUGAAGAUUUUCACACAUAUUCAAUACAAUAGGUGAGAUAAAUACCGGAAACGCAAGGUUCCAUGCACAGUUUCAGUUCGAUUUACACAGCUUUGCUCAAAACAUUCUCAGUUUCGAGAAUAGUUUAUUCUAAACCAUAAGAAAAGAUUUAAUUAGAAGUUAAAUUUUUCCAUAUUUCUCUUUCACUUUUUACAUUCAGUUCAUUUUAUUUGCCGGAAAGUAAGCCUUAGAAAUUAAAAGGACGUUUGAUCAAUUCACGCUCGCGCAUUCUAGUCUUAUUUUAAACUUUAUAGCGGAAAGACAUCUGUGAGCACGGAAUAAGUCAGCACAGAAUUUGAUUGACGGAGAAUUUCUGUAAUCGCCCAUCGUUCUGCUAGUGAUAAGCUAGCCGUUGUUCACUCGUCUUGCUGGUUUGGGGCUGAGUCUUAUUCCGAUCAAAGAGAGAGAAAGAGUGUCCGGCAAGAUUUCCAAUCAAAGAUUUGUGAACUCGUGUCUGACAAACUCUCCAAGUGUUUAUAUAUACACAGUUAUACGCUCCUUAUAACUUCAUCUGCGCUUAACGAGUGUCUUUUGGUCCAUAACUUUCAAACAACUGCUGCAUAGAAUGUCAGUGAUAACACGUAACGCAAAAGAGUAUCGAAGAAUGACUGUCGCUAUAAAUGUCACAAAAACUACCUGAGUGGUCCCUUCAGGAUUUUCUGUCUUUACGUCAUCCUAACCAUUUCGUACUUGCGGGCGCAAAAAUAGAAACGUCAUCAUAACCUAGCGAUUCCUCGCGGCCCCUGUUCAAGCAAAUCGAGAUUUUUUCUAGCAUACUGACUGUAUAUUUCAACUGUAAGUACUUUCCUUAAUAUACGCGCGAGUUACUAGAGUGCCUCCUCGGGAUUUCGCCUUCUGGGCGAAAUCCCUGCGAGGACAACAAUGGUAAAUCUGUUUCUCUUUUUUUUUUUGUAAUUCGAUCAUUAUCACUAAAACGAAUGUUAAUAUUUUCCUUUUUUUAGAGAAGAACCCAGUAAAUUGUAAACUGUAAAUAUCUUAUUAUCCACUCCCCUCAGGGCUUUUCAGGGAUAAUUUACAACACUGGUUGGGGGACUUUACCUGACUGCUUAGGUGCAGUUUACAAGUAAUGAAGGAAUGAGUAAUGAUGCCCCCAUACAUGAGUGUGAAAGUGAGAUAGACCACUACACCGGGCACUACGUGCCCUACACUUUACGAAGACCGUGUGGGCUCUUUAACGUCCCACAGAUUUAUUACACGUGCAAGGACUUGUGAAACGGGGCCUACAGUUUAUCGUCCUUAUCCGAGAAGACUAGAAAGUCUAACCUUUUGCAGAUGCUAUUACACUUUCUCCUCAAUUAUUUAAAGACCCUGAGUGUUGGUCAGGCCGGGGUCUGAACUUACGGCCUAGUCGCUCAGCAGACCGGCGCUUAUCCCAUUGAACUAACCGGGCGGCGGUUCCAGUCCAUCAAGUCAUAUUAUACAACGAUGAAAAACACGUAGAAGGAUUCCUUAUUGAGGCAAAUCAAAUACGACUGUGAUAGACAAAAACCAAUAGUAAAGGAGCUAAUAAAUAAGCUUUUACUCUAGUUUUUAAUUGUGCUUUUCAGAUCCUCUUCGUCAUAGUACAUAAAGACAAAUGUUAUCAGAAGAAAAAAGAAACCACAAUAUGUAUACCCUUUGUCAGACGAGCUGAAAUAGCAAAGCCAGCAAAAAAAAAUAUGACAACCACACCUUUUGAUGAUAAUAUUGGCGACACCUAUGUCAACUUUAAAGAUUUCCAGCAGGCCCUAGGCAACGCCUAUUACAGUCUUGGAGAUUUCCGGAAAGCCAUAGAGUACCAUGAACGACACCUCAAAAUUUCGACAGAAGUGGGAGACAGAGCAGGGGAAGGAACAGCGUACGGUAAUCUUGGCGUCGCCUAUUGCAGUCUUGGAGAUUUCCAGAAAGCCAUAGACUACCAUCAACGACACCUUAAAAUUUCGAAAGAAGUGGGAGACAGAGCAGGAGAAGGAAGAGCGUACGGUAAUCUUGGCAACGCCUAUUACAGUCUUGGAGAUUUCCAGAAAGCCAUAGAGUACCAUGAACGACACCUAAAAAUUUCGAAAGAAGUGGGAGACAGAGCAGGGGAAAGAGGAGCGUACGGUAAUCUUGGCGUCGCCUAUGACAGUCUUGGAGAUUUCCAGAAAGCCAUAGAAUACCAUAAAGGAUGCCUCAAAAUUUCCAAAGAAGUGGGAGACAGAGCAGGGGAAGGAAGAGCGUACGGUAAUCUUGGCAUCGCCUAUGACAGUCUUGGAGAUUUCAAAAAAGCCAUAGAGUACCAUGAACGAUGCCUCAAAAUUUCGAAAGAAGUGGGAGACAAAGCAGACGAAGGAAGAGCGUACGGUAAUCUUGGCAACGUCUAUAACAGUCUUGGAGAUUUCCAGAAAGCCAUAGAGUACCUUAAACGAGACCUCAAAAUUUCGAAAGAAGUAGGAAACGGGGCAGCAGAAGGAACAGCGUACGGUAAUCUUGGCAACGCCUAUCAGAGUCUUGGAGAUUUCCAGAAAGCCAUAGAGUACCAUGAACGACACCUCAAAAUUUCGAACGAAGUGGGAGACAAAGCAGGGGAAGGAAGAGCGUACGGUAAUCUUGGCAACGCCUAUGACAGUCUUGGAGAUUUCCAGAAAGCCAUAGACUACCAUCAACGACACCUCAAAAUUUUGAAAGAAGUAGGAGACAGAGCAGGAGAAGGAGGAGCGUACGGUAAUCUUGGCAACGCCUAUCACAGUCUUGGAGAUUUCCAGAAAGCCAUAGAGUACCAUGAACGACACCUCAAAAUUUCGAAAGAAGUGGGAAACAGGGCAGGAGAAGGAAGAGCGUACGGUAAUCUUGGCAACGCCUAUUACAGUCUUGGAGAUUUCCAGAAAGCCAUAGAGUACCAUGAACGAGACCUCAAAAUUUCGAAAGAAGUGGGAGACAGGGCAGGAGAAGGAAGAGCGUACGGUAAUCUUGGCAACGCCUAUUACAGUCUUGGAGAUUUCCAGAAAGCCAUAGAGUACCAUGAACGAUACCUCAAAAUUUCGAAAGAAGUGGGAGACAGGGCAGGAGAAGGAAGAACGUACGGUAAUCUUGGCAACGCCUAUGACAGUCUUGGAGAUUUCCAGAAAGCCAUAGAGUACCAUGAACGACACCUCAAAAUUUCGAAAGAAGUGGGAGACAGAGCAGGGGAAGGAGGAGCGUACGGUAAUCUUGGCAACGCCUAUCAGAGUCUUGGAGAUUUCCAGAAAGCCAUAGAGUACCAUGAACGACACCUCAAAAUUUCGAAAGAAGUGGGAGACAGAGCAGGGGAAGGAGGAGCGUACGGUAAUCUUGGUGUCGCCUAUAGAAAUCUUGGAGAUUUCCAGAAAGCCAUAGAGUGUCAUGAACGAUGCCUCAAAAUUUCGAAAGAACUGGGACAUAGAGAAGGACAAGGAAAAGCGUACGGUAAUCUUGGCGUCGCUUAUGAAAGUCUUGGAGAGUUUCAGAAAGCCGUUCAGUAUUAUAAGCACAGUGUUCUAGCCUUCGACCACAUUAGGGGAAAUCUCAUAUCUAAAGACGAAUGGAAGAUUAGCCUUAAAAAUACGUAUGAUUAUAUUAACUUGAGGCUGUGGGAGCUGCAGUUGAAGGAAGGUAAAGUCAUUGAGGCACUUUUAACUGCUGAUCAAGGACGUGCACAAGCUUUAAACGAUCUUCUGGAGUUGAAGUAUGGCCUUAAAGGGCUACGCCCAGAAAUAGGAACACUUUAUGCAAGACCAAGUGACUUUGCUAGUUACUUACCACCAAAUACGGCAUUCCUGGGUAUAGGCAAGGGAGGAAUGGUUCUCUGGGUGAACGAGAAAGGAAAAGAAAUCAAAACUAGAAGAAGCCAGAUCGAUAUCUCCGUCACAACCUAUUUUCAGUCUCUAUUGGAAACUACACAUGAAGAAAUAGGUGUGAGAGCUGAUGUUAACUGUGAAGAUCGCUCAUUAAGUAACCCAAGCGAUAAAAAGCUAGUAGAAGAAAGAUCCAGUGAGCCAAAGUCUUGUCCUUCAUAUUUUCAGACAAAUUCAUUACAAACAUUUUACAAUGUGGUUAUAGACCCUAUAAGAGACUUGCUCCAUAGCGAUGAGGUUGUGAUUGUUCCACAAGGACCUCUGUGUUUGGCCCCUUAUGCUGUUUUCGUGGACUUGAAAUCAGAGUACCUCUGUGAAACUUUCAGAAUUCGUCUGGUUCCUUCACUUUCUAGUCUUCGAUUAAUCCAAAAUUGUCCAGCAGAUUGGCACAGUAAGACUGGCGCCCUUCUCGUCGGCGAUCCGUGGGUACAGGAGGUAGUUUAUGAAGGAAUGACGCUGGGGCAGUUAAAGUGGGCUGAAAAGGAAGUGCAGAUGAUUGGGGAAAUACUUCAAACUGAACCUCUCGUUGGAAAGCAGGCAACGAAAGAUGAAGUCUUAGCACGUAUCUCCUCGGUUGCUUUGGUGCACAUUGCUGCUCACGGUAAAAUGGAAACAGGAGAAAUUGCCUUGGCCCCAAACACAACACGUUCAUCCGUGAAUCCAGCCAGGGAGGACUAUCUCUUAUCUAUGAAAGAUGUUUUAGACGCGAAGAUUAGGGCAAGACUUGUUGUACUUAGUUGUUGUCAUAGUGCUUGGGGAGAAGUCAAAUCUGAGGGUGUUGUCGGCAUCGCACGGGCGUUUUUGGGUGCUGGUGCUCGCUCUGUUCUGGUGUCCCUGUGGGCGAUCGACGACGAAGCUACUAUGGAGUUCAUGAAAGUUUUCUACACACAACUAGUCCAUGGACGAAGUGCCAGUGAAGCUCUGAAUGACGCCAUGAAAUCCAUGAGAGAAUCUGACCGCUUUAAUGCAGUGAAGUACUGGGCGCCGUUUGUUCUCAUUGGUGACGACGUAACGCUCGACUUUGAGGGCAUCCAAUAA